AUGUCACAACAUGGAUGCCCAGAAAGACUGUCGAAUAGAUCCAAAGGGUACACAGAUGAUGGACCUAGUCAGCCUACGAUGGAGGUUCUUGUGGAGACCCUCACUGGAACUGCGUUUGAAAUGACCGUGUUGCCUACGGACACUAUAUUUGCCAUUAAGUCCAAGAUAUUCAGGGUAGAAGGUAUCCCAGUGUCCCAGCAGCACUUGCUGUACAACCUCAAAGAGCUCGAUGAUGCUUCGUCGCUCCGCGAGCACGCCAUCGGCGACGGCGCGCGGCUGCGGCUCGUGCUCGGAAUGCGCGGCGGGCCCAUCUCCACCCGCCGCCUGCCGCCACCGCCUAACGCUGAACCUUGGAGAGAUAUUGAAAGGCUUCUCGAUACUAACAGAGACGAUGCAGAAUGGGGUGGCAGUGGCUGCAAGGUGACGGUGCUGGUGUUCCGCGACGGCGAGAGAGUCAACAUGUUGCGGGUCAAAGAGAACCACGAUGGCACAUACUCUCCUCUACACCCCAACAAAUACACAUCCGCCUCUACGUCGGUGUCAAGUGGCGAGCGCGAGGUGACGCGCGCUGCUGCUGCAGGAGGGGGGGAGGGCCCCAGUGGAGUGGGCGCGCUGCACGACAACGCGCUGACGCUGGCCAGGAUGACAGAGUUGCGCCGGCGCAUGGAAACGCUCUGCGUGCAACGCACUAGGCAUCAUUCACGUGCCAGCGACAAAGUGGAUAUACAAAAAACAAGGUCUGAAGAAACACUAUCCGUCCCUAGUUUGUUAGACGAGGGGUGUUCAGACCCCUUCGAUAUUUCGUACGCGCCCCACAGUGACGCCGAGGACACGUUCGCGCCGCUCUACGACGGGAACUACACCAGAUACGACUACGACUGUUCCUUCACCGACCGCUACACACUGCUGCCACCUAUCGGCACGAGGGUAGACUCCGACUCGUCCGUACAAGAAAGUGCCGAAAACGAGAGGAUCAAACUCUCCGAUGCUUUGGCUGGGUCUAUACUGGUGAAGGGCAGGAGAGAUGCCCGUGAUGAUGAGGCCGCUAUUCUCGAGGAGUGCCUGGACAGUGAUGAGUGUCAUUUGAGACAAGAUUCGCCUCAGCUCGCCGCUAAAAGUUUAGCGCCGAUACCUGCAGCUGAAUAUGGUGCGCUGGUGGGCGGUGGCGCGUGGCGCUCGUUCGGCGUGCGGUGCGCGGAGGGCUCGCACUCGGCCUCGUCGCUGCACGCGCGCGCCCCCGCCCCCCCGCGCCGGCCCGCCCCGCUCUCCGACGCGCUCUUCUCCUCCUCCACCUCUGACCUCGAGAAGCUCAAGCGGAACAGUCGAAUUUUGCCGGCGCUGAGUCGACACCGCAACCGCUCGCACCUGCACCUGUCGGACUCGGGGCUGGACGUGGCGGGCGGGGCGGGUGCGGGGGGGGGCGCGGCUCCGGCGGGCCCGGGCGCGGCGGCUGUGGCGGCGGCGGACGGGGAGGGCUCGGCCUCGCCCCGCAAGGCGCGCUCCCGCUGCCAGCUGUGCCGCAAGCGGCUGAGCAUCGCCACGCUGCACCGCUGCCGCUGCGGGGGCAGCUACUGCGCGCCGCACCGCUACGCGGAGGUGCACGGCUGCGCCUACGACUACCGCGCCGACGCCGCCGCGCUGCUGCAGCCGCCCGUGCACGCGCCCAAGCUGCCGCGCAUCUAG